AUGGCCAAUGCGGAUCUCUCGAAAGUGUCUUUCAACCCAUCGACGUCUGUGACUUACCAAGCAGUGGGCAAGAAACAACAAGUCAAGUUGGAGAUCAUGAACAAUUCCACAAGUGCCUUGUAUAUCAAGUUCAAAAACACCAAUCCGGCAGUUUUUAGAACAAAGCCUGCAGAUUGUAAGAUGCUCGCUGGAGAGAAAAAAGAUUUCAAAUGCAUGUUCAAAGGAGCAACAAAAGAAGAAUUAGGCAAAAAGGUUGAUGGACAGAGAUUCUCUAUUGUGGUUACUGCAGUAUCCGCAAACGCUAAUACUGAAGUGGUUAAGAGACAGGCAUUCAAGACAACAAGUUUAAAACAUAGGAUUAAUAUCUUAUUUGCUGGAAUAAACGAUCAAAAAGAAGCUCAGCAACCGACCAACAACGAUGAUGUUGAAGACAAGGAUCGUGAGGGACAGAUGCGCGCAAAAGGCAGAAAUGAACCUCCGAAGGUCAAGAGGGCAAACGUGGUGAUGUUCAUGAGAAAGGAAGGAGAGUCAAUUUCGGAUGAAGAUGAGGAGGAAGGCGGUGGAACUGCUCCUGCUGCUCAGGCUCCAAGCGAUGACAUGAUGACAACUCGUCCAGCUGGAAACUUCACUGGACAAGUGGCUUCAAACGAAAAUCUCGGAGGGCCAACCUCUCCAACAAGCGAUAUGAAAACUACUCGUCCUGCUGGAAACUUCACUGGUCAAGUUGCUUCUAAUGCAGUCCCUGGAGCACCAGUUGAUCCAAAAAGUGUUGGACUUCUUACAACUCGUCCAGCUGGAGCAUUCAAUGGGCAAGUCACUCCGAAUGUAGUUGGUUCUUCUACGGAUAAGGAUAAUCUCAAAACUACAAGACCAGCUGGAUCGUUUGAAAAUCCACAGAGAAGCAACAAAUAA